CUCCAGGUGAUGGCUGGUACUGCCUCUCCUCUUCCUCCUCCUCCUCCCUCCUUCCUCCGUAGCGUCACGUGACACCAGUGGCAAGAAGCUGCAAACAGCUCCUCAUCAUCACCAUCAUCAUCAUCACCGCCACUACCGCCACCACAACCACCGCAACGGCAGCGUCGAGAGCGGAGCGAGCCACCGGGGUCUUCACCGAACCGAGGAGCGGCGGGCGCCAUGGCGGGCCCCCGUUAAGAAGAGCCACAGCCAGAUUUCUCCUCUUUGUUCUCCCCCUCGACGCCUCGCAGUCUUUCCGCGCCUCCGCCGAGGAGGGGCCGCCGAGGAGAAGCUCUCCCUUUCGGAGGAGGAGGAGGCGGAGGAGGGAGGAGGAGGAGGCGGCGGCGACGGCGGCGGUGGUCGCAGCGGGAGGCAGCAGCGGUCGAACCGGGGAGGGAGGUGUUUUCUGCGGGGCGAGCCGGCCGAAUGGCGGACCGAGAGGCGUCGCCGAUCCCGCUGGAGAUCCGAGCCCGGCUGGCGGAGCUGGAGCUGGAGCUGUCAGAGGGGGACAUCACUCAGAAGGGUUAUGAGAAGAAGAGGUCCAAGCUGAUCAGGGCAUAUGUGCCACAUGCUGGAGGUAUGGAGGGGCCGAUGUCCCACAGGGCCCCGCUCGGCCCGCCCUCCGCGGCCCGUUUCCACCGGCGGAGGACGUCCGGCACCAGAGACGAGCGCUACCGAUCAGACGUCCACACCGAGGCGGUGCAGGCCGUGUUGGCGCGGCAUGUUGAGCGGAAGGUGGCGGUGCCCAUGCCCUCCAAAAGACGCUCCCUGGUGGUGCAGACCUCCAUGGACGCGUACACGCCUCCAGGCCUGUCCCCCCUGUGCUCAGACUCCUCGUCGGGCUCGGAGGAGGAGGCGGGGCCGGGCGACGACAUGUCGGGCAUGGAGCACUGGAUGAGCCGCCCCUCGCAGCUAGGCCCCGCCCACCUGGGCUCCACCUCCUCCUCGUCCUCGUCCACGCAGAGCGGCGGCAGCGGGAACGCCGGGCGGCUGGCCGACUCCCUGGCGCACACGCACCUCUCGCACCUGGCGCACACACACCUGGCACACACACACCUGGGCCAGUCGCACCACCUGUCGCAGUCGCACCACGGUAUCGGACACCUCUCUCUGAAGAGGAAGGGAGCUCUGAGCGUGGCGGAGAACGGCGGAUCUCUGCGGCGGUCCUGCGAGUUCGGCUCCGACAUGCUGUGGCCUCCUCCGCUGGAGUCAGACGAGAACCACUCGGCGCCUCCGGACGUGACGGGAUACUCGUCGGACUCGUCCCACUCGCACACGGAGCGCCACCACAUGGCCAACAUGGGCACCAUCGCCAGGAACACUCAGAAGUACGGCAACGCGGAGCGCAUGGAGACGGGCGACGGCGUCCCCGUCAGCAGCCGCGUGUCGGCGAAGAUCCAGCAGCUGGUGAACACGCUGAAGCAGCCGCGCAGACCCCCGCUACGAGAGUUCUUCGUGGACGACUUCGACGAGCUCCUCGAGGUCCAGCAGCCGGAUCCCAACCAGCCGCGGCCGGAGGGGGCGGAGAUGAUGCCGGUGCGGGGGGAGGCGCUGGGCGUGGUCACCAACUGGCCACCGUCGCUGGAGGCGGCGCUCCAGCGCUGGGGAACCAUCUCCCCCAAAGCGCCCUGCCUCACCAGCCUGGACACAGCGGGGAAGCCCCUCUACGUGCUCACAUACGGGAAGCUGUGGUCUCGCAGCAUCAAGCUUGCCUACAACAUCCUCCACAAACUGGGCAGCAAGCAGGAGCCCAUGGUGCGACCGGGCGAUCGGGUGGCGCUGGUGUUCCCUAACAAUGACCCGGUGGCCUUCAUGGUGGCCUUCUACGGCUGUCUGCUGGCCGAGGUGGUGCCCGUCCCCAUCGAGGUGCCGCUCAGCCGCAAGGACGCCGGCAGCCAGCAGAUCGGCUUUCUGCUGGGCAGCUGCGGCGUUACCGUGGCGCUGACCAGCGAUGCCUGCCACAAGGGUCUUCCCAAGAGCGCAACAGGAGAGAUCCCGCAGUUCAAAGGUUGGCCCAAGCUGCUGUGGUUUGUCACCGAGUCCAAACACCUCUCCAAGCCUCCCAGAGACUGGUUCCCCCACAUCAAAGACGCCAACAACGACACGGCGUACAUCGAGUAUAAAACCUGUAAGGACGGCAGCGUGCUGGGAGUCACAGUGACCAGGAUCGCUCUGCUCACACACUGCCAGGCGCUCACCCAGUCCUGCAGCUACACCGAGGCCGAGACCAUUGUGAACGUGCUGGACUUUAAGAAGGACGUGGGGCUGUGGCACGGCAUCCUGACGAGUGUGAUGAACAUGAUGCACGUGAUCAGCGUGCCCUACUCGCUGAUGAAGGUCAACCCUCUGUCGUGGAUCCAGAAAGUCUGCCAGUACAAAGCUAAGGUGGCCUGUGUGAAGUCCAGAGACAUGCACUGGGCUCUGGUGGCCCACAAAGACCAGAAGGACAUCAACCUGAGCUCGCUGCGCAUGCUGCUGGUGGCCGACGGAUCGAACCCCUGGUCCAUCUCCUCCUGCGACGCCUUCCUCAACGUCUUUCAGACCAAAGGGCUGCGAGCCGAGGUCAUCUGCCCCUGCGCCAGCUCCCCCGAGGCGCUGACGGUGGCCAUCAGGAGGCCGGUGGAGGACAGCAGCCAGCCGCCGGGCCGAGGCGUCCUGUCCAUGCAGGGCCUGACGUACGGCGUGGUGCGAGUGGACACGGAGGAGCGGCUGUCGGUGCUCACCGUGCAGGACGUGGGCACCGUCACCCCCGGAGGCCUGGUGUGUGUGGUGAAGCCGGAGGGCGUCCCUCAGCUCUGUCAGACGGACGAGAUCGGGGAACUGUGCGUGUGCUCCAUCGCCACCGGCACGUCCUACUACGGCCUGACGGGGAUGACCAAGAACACCUUCGAGGUUUACCCGGUGAGCGCCGGCGGCGGCCUGAUCAGCGAGUACGCCUUCGUGCGGACCGGCCUGCUGGGCUUCAUCGGGCCCGGCGGCCUCGUCUUCAUCACCGGCAAAAUGGACGGCCUCAUCAUGGUGAGCGGGCGGAGGCACAACGCCGACGACAUCGUGGCCACGGCGCUGGCGGUGGAGCCCAUGAAGUUCGUGUACCGGGGCAGGAUAGCCGUGUUCUCAGUGACCGUGCUGAGGGACGAGAGGAUCGUGGUGGUGGCCGAGCAGAGACCGGACUCCACCGAGGAGGACAGCUUCCAGUGGAUGAGCCGUGUGCUGCAGGCCAUCGACAGCAUCCACGGGGUGGGGGUCUUCUGCCUGGCCCUGGUCCCGGCCAACACCCUCCCCAAGACCCCCCUGGGGGGCAUCCACCUGUCAGAGAUCAAGCAGCUGUACCUGGAGGGGGGGCUGCACCCCUGCAACGUGCUGAUGUGCCCCCACACCUGCGUCACCAACCUGCCCAAGCCCAGGCAGAAACAGCCAGAGAUCGGACCCGCCUCUGUGAUGGUGGGGAAUCUGGUGUCAGGGAAGAGGAUCGCUCAGGCCAGCGGCAGAGACCUGGGACAGACCGACGACAACGAUCAGUUCCUAUUCCUGUCUGAAGUUUUGCAGUGGCGAGCUCAGACCACCCCAGACCACGUCCUGUACACCCUGCUCAGCUCCCGGGGAGCGGUGUCCAACUCCCUCACCUGCCUGCAGCUGCAUAAGAGGGCGGAGCGAGUGGCGGCGCUGCUGAUGGAGCGAGGCGGCCUGCAGGAGGGCGACCACGUGGCUCUGGUCUACCCGCCAGGAAUCGACCUGAUCGCGGCGUUCUACGGGUGCCUGUACGCCGGCUGCGUGCCCAUCACGGUGCGGCCGCCUCACCCGCAGAACAUCUCCACCACGCUGCCCACCGUCAAGAUGAUCGUCGAGGUCAGCCACUCGGCCUGCGUGAUGACCACGGCCGUCAUCUGUAAGCUGCUGCGCUCCAAGGAGGCCAUGGCCACCGUGGACAUCAGGAACUGGCCUCCUGUCCUGGACACCGACGACCUGCCAAAGAAGAAGCCUCCGGCUCUCUAUAAGCCCACCAACCCCGACGGCCUGGCUUAUCUGGACUUCAGCGUGUCCACCACCGGCAUGCUGGCCGGCGUUCAGAUGUCCCACAAUGCAGUGGGGGCGUUCUGCCGGUCCGUGAAGCUGCAGUGCGAGCUCUACCCGUCCAGAGAAGUGGCCAUCUGUCUGGAUCCGUACUGCGGCCUCGGCUUCGUCCUCUGGUGUCUCUGCAGCGUGUACUCGGGCCACCAGUCCAUCCUGAUCCCCCCGGUGGAGCUGGAGUCGAACCCGGCACUGUGGCUGCUGGCCGUCAGCCAGCUGAGGGUGCGAGACACCUUCUGCUCCUACAGCGUCAUGGAGCUGUGCACCAAAGGCCUGGGCCUGCAGACCGAGGCGCUCAAGGCUCGGGGUCUGGAUCUGUCCCGGGUGCGAGCCUGUGUGGUGGUGGCGGAGGAGAGGCCCCGGAUGUCCCUCACACACUCCUUCUCCAAGCUCUUCAAAGACCUGGGCCUCCACCCGCGCUCCGUCAGCACCGCCUUCGGCUGCAGGGUCAACCUGGCCAUCUGCCUGCAGGGCACGUCAGGACCGGAUCCGACCACUGUGUACGUGGACAUGAGAGCGCUGCGACACGACAGGGUUCGGUUAGUAGAGAGAGGCUCUCCUCACAGUCUGCCCUUAAUGGAGUCCGGCAAGAUCCUGCCUGGAGUUCGAAUCAUCAUCGCCAAUCCUGAGACAAAAGGUCCGCUCGGAGACUCACAUCUGGGAGAGAUCUGGGUGCACAGCGCUCAUAACGGCAGCGGCUACUACAGCGGGUACGGCGAGGAGGUCCUGCAGUCGGACCACUUCAACUCCCGGCUCAGCUUCGGGGACACGCAGACCGUCUGGGCCCGGACCGGGUACCUGGGCUUCCUCCGCCGCACCGAGCUCACCGACGCCAACGGAGAGAGGCACGACGCUCUGUUCGUGGUGGGCGCUCUGGAGGAGGCCAUGGAGCUGCGGGGGAUGAGGUACCACCCCAUCGACAUCGAGACCUCCGUCAUCCGCGCGCACAAGAGCAUCAUGGAGUGCGCGGUCUUCCCCUGGACCAACCUGCUGGUGGUGGUGGUGGAGCUGGAGGGCUCGGAGCAGGAGGCCCUGGACCUGGUUCCCAUGGUGACCAAGGCGGUGCUGGAGGAGCACUACCUGAUCGUGGGCGUGGUCGUGGUGACGGACAUCGGCGUCAUCCCCAUCAACUCCCGCGGCGAGAAGCAGCGCAUGCACCUCCGCGACGGCUUCCUACAAGACCAGCUCGACCCCAUCUACGUGGCCUACAACAUGUAGCCUGCCUGUGUGUGUGUGUGUGUGUGUGUGUGUGUGUGUGUGUGUGUGCGGAUGUGUAUGUGUGUGUGUGUGUGUGGGAGCGAGCAUGCGUUUGUAUGCUGUGCAUAUCGCCGUCGUUAAUCCUUUCCCUCCCCGCCCUCCCCCCCAGAAUCCAGAUGUACUGUAUUUUUGAACCUGCGUACGGUGUGUGGUCUUAACUCGUCCGUUUUCUUUGAAGUCGUUGUCGUGCCGGCCGAUUGGCUGAUCGGAGUGCGUGACGCCGCUCGCCCGGCGGCAGCGGCGUCCUGAUCCUUUCGCUCCACCUCGUGACCGCUAACUGGGAGAGCCUUUUUCGGGGGAAACACUGUGUACGAGGCGGCGUGUCGUCGUUCAGACGCUUCAGCAGGUAAACAAAGAGAGAGAGAGAGGGGGAGAGAGAGAGAGGCAAAAAAACAAAAAAAAACUAAAAAACCGCGACAAAAAAAAUACCAAACGAAAACUAGAGACUGUAUCUGUCAUCAUGUUUUACUGGUCGAAUCAAAAAAAAAAAAAGAAAAGAAAAAAAAGCCACAUUUGUGAUUUUCUUUCAAUGCGAACAGGGGCAGCCAGAUUCUUGUAAAAAUAUAAAUACUGUACAUAGACAUAAUAAUCUAUAUGGAGAGGUAACUAAAACACAAUGAGGUGUAGUAGCCCCUAUAUGCAGCUCUCUCCACCCGCACCCUGUGUGUGUGCGUGCGUGCGUGUGUGUGCGUGUGUGUGCGUGUGUGUCCAUCAGUCUGUUAAAGUGCGACAGGGACGUUUUAUGUAGACGCAGUGUGAAUCGGAGGAAGAUUUUCCAGCAGAUUUUAUCCCGAGACGAUCAAAGAAGAAGCAGUUUUGUAUUAUUCUGGAGAGUUCAAACUCUUUAAACUGAAAAUAUCAGAGAAAGAUCAAAAGUUUGUGUCAUUUCAGGAUCCAAAGUAAGAAAAAAAGACACUGAUGCUUCUUUUUUGUUUGUUUGUUUGGAAAGAAAAAUAAUAGAGACAUUUAAGAUGUUGGUGUAUUAGAGCCACAAUUAGUGAGAAAAUACAAGGAAAAUGUGCAAAUCAAGUCAAAUGUAAAGAUUAUCAUGGAAAUGUUGAGUGUGAAGUUGAAAUAUUCCAGAAAGCAGCCAAUCUCAAAAGACAAAGUCAAAAUGUGUGGAAAAUAUUUAGACUUUUGACAAAAACUUGACGUACAAAGAAUCUCCUCUUUUCUCGAUUGUUUAUCUUUACUCUUGAAAUGCUGCAUCGCCUUAACUUGUAUUUUCCUCCUUGUAAUUUGACACCAGCCUCAUCGUUGUGACAUUAUAAAGUUGCUGUUUCGAAGGCAAAUUCCAAAAAAAAAUCCACUUUUAUCAGCACAGAAAUAGAAUUUAAAAAUGAUCUGUGACGAUCUCGUAUGUUUAAAGUUCUUUGACAGAUGUUAAAAUCUGAAUGAUCUGUAAUUUAAAGUGGCUUUAAUUCACCAUUUUCAGGUUCAUUUAAAUCAUCGGUGUCAAACUGGGAAGAGAACAGCAGAACGACCUCUGAACAUCAGCUCUUUGAUGCACUUUUUACAGAUUUUUUGAACAACCUGUAACUUUUAAAGACGCCUUCAGUGUGUUUUCACAAACUCAUGAAGUGGCUUUAAUGCUAAUGCCCUUCCAUUAGCACUGCUAUCUUUACAUAUCCUGAGGGCCGGUGUUGACCCUCCUGCGGGUUGUUUUUGGCCCGCGGGCCAUGCGUUUGACACCCUUGAUUUAAAGCACAGCCGAGAGACGAAUUCGCCGCGGUUUGGUUUGUUUUGCUGUGGCGUGUUUGUGGUUGAAGUGGUGAGACUGAGUCCCUGAAGCUUCUCGCCCAGCGAAGUGCACUGUGUGAAUAAAACAGAAAUAUAUUUACGAGGGAGACGCCGCGGCGUCCGCACGUCGCUGCAGUUCCGGUACUCUUACUUGAAUUUGUCCUUUGUUGAAAACAAAGACGCUGCACAACGAAAAUCUCUUUAACUCGUGGCGUUUGUUGCGACUCGGCGUCGGACUCUACCCCCCACCUCGGGUCGAAUCGGGUUUCCACGAGCCGGAGGAGACUGGGGAGCACUGUGCCACGCGGCGCCGCUGCAGGCGGCCCGGCCCGGUAAACCUGAACCUAACUGCAGCGACGACCGGAGGCCGUCGGGAGGAAAGGGAAACUCCACAUGAAGUUUACAUACAGAGAAGCUCCUAUUGUAGCAAUAAGCCCCACAGGGAUGCUCUUCACUGCAGACGCUGAACCAUCCAAACCUGAAGAACUCCGUUAUUCGUCUCAUUUUUUUAUUAUUAUUUAAGUGCCAGUCUCGUAGUUUAUUAUUAAAAAGAAAACUUGUUAGCAAACCCAUAAGAUUUAUCUAAACUUUUUUUAAAAAUGAUGAACAUCCAGGUAGAUUUGAAAGUAAAAUAAAACUGAAUGUUUGUGAAAAUUUUUGCUGCUUGUAAUUUGACACCAGCCUCGUGGCUUCAUUCCACAGCGUUUCCAGGGACUUUUGAAUCUAGUAAGCUAACAAAUUUAGGAUACAGCUUUGAGUGUUGUAAUUUGACGCCAGCUUCAUGAUUCUGAGUCGAUGCAGACGUCCCGAUAAAGAAAUCUACAAGCCAGUCGAUAUUUAGCUCUCACGGCUAACUGACGGUGAUCAAGCUAACCUCUGCUGUCAUUACAGUUACGUCAACGUUUGUAAUUUGACACCAGCCUCAUCAUUGUGCCGGUUACAAUCUGAUCCUGCUGUGAGCACACGACUGAAAGCUUAUUGUCAUCAUGAACUCAUUAAAUUAAUGUAAAUAGAUGGCUAGGCUCGUAAUUUGACACCAGCCUGAUAGAGACGGCCAUAUAUGGACAUGUUUGCUUCAGUAUACCUUUUAAAUGACAAAAAAAAAAAAUGGAGUCCAUCCCCAGAAACAUGUCUUUGUUUUCCUCUUGACUCUGCAGUAAAGAACAUCUUGCGGGUUUUGGUACAACAGCUACCAGCUCAUGUGCACUGACUCAAACAUAUAUCAGAUUUUAAGGCAGAGAAUAAAGAAAGUAUAUGAAAAGUUUUAUCCCGGGACUCGAGGCUCACUGUGAAACGUGGGAGCCGCUCCGAGUUGAGCCGGGCCGCAGAGAAAAAAACGUCUUAUUCAAAGAAACUCCUAAAAAAGAGACGGUUUGUUUACAGAUUGUGUGUGUGUGUGUGUGUGUGUCAGCAUCUCAUUUCUCUUUACGUUUCCUCAUUUUUACAA